ACGCACGAAAGAUAUCGCGCUAGCCAUAUCAAUAGUACACUAACUACAGCUAAGAUAAUUGAGGCACAUACCGAGCCGUUUACUAAGUUUUUCGACAUGGAAGCGGUCAUCAACGUGGAUGGAAAAGACCACGUCUAUGAUCAUGACAAGCCACCAGAGAUUGUAGUUACAGAACUUACAGUCUUACAACCAAGACAGCCGUCGUCUUUCGAGAGAAGAGUCAAAAGCAAGCACCACAAUGGUCAAGACAAUGCUCAACCUGUUUCAUGUGAAGUCAUAAAGUGGUCUUUGAGUGGCGAAGACAGAUUGAAUGUCCAAGUGACAAAAAGUCCUCGAAGUUCUUUGAAGAGAGAGCAAAAAGACAACGAAAGUGACAGCAAAACAGUCCUGAAAACGCCUUGUAAACUCAAGGAUUUGACAGUCGAUGAAAUUUCGSAAUGUCUCAGAGAAAUAGGCCUGGAAAGGUACGUCGAGAAGUUUCGUCUUGAAGGUAUUAAUGGUAAACUAUUCGAAGGCUUGGACGAAGAYUCUCUCUUAGAACUCGAUGUUGAAGACCAAAAACACCAAGAAAAGAUACUAAAGCUUGCUAAAGAAAAAGAGUAUCGACCGAAAACUCUAAAAGUUGAAUUUAGCAGAGGUUAAAUCGAUCACAGCAGGUCUUGUUUUAAAAACAAAGUUGUACAUCAUCACUAUAUAUCCACAACAAUACUUUGUAUCUUUAUCUAAGAGAAAAAACGAAGUCGAAAUUCUAUGAAUGGUAAAUUCUAUAAAACUGUCUUUGAGUGUAUCAAUCGCUAAUUACUGUUAUUUUCAUAAACUUGCGAAUUCGUUACCUGCGAGCUGUAGCUGUAAUUUGUUUUUUCGCUGCCGUCAAUCAAACCCAAUCAGUUGGUGCCUUUCAUAUUUUAGACUGAUGGCAGCGAAAAAAACAAAUUCCAACAGGUGGCGAAUCUUAACUACAGAGUUCGCAUGUUURUGUAAAUAGCAGUAAGAGCUUGAGAAGUGACUCACACUCUAGAAAGAGUUAGAAACUUCGAGGUCUUCGGAUCAGUGGUGUAUAACACUGACACUGGAAUGCAUUUAAUCAUCUGCGAUUAAAAGUGCUAUGAAUUUUAUAACAAGUGCUUUUAGACUUUCGCUGUCAUUUUGUCACGAGAUGAAAGCGAUACCUAUUGUUAUAUCUAUAAUACAGAAAAGAAAAUAUAACAAUCUGUAACUUUAACAGAGGGUAUUUCAUUAUUUGUAAUAAAAAUAAAAAAGUAUUACAUGCAU